GUCCGUUUACUAACCAGUUAAAGCAAAAACUACAAGAUGAACUUGAUAAAUUACAAGCAAUUGAUCCUAUUCAUCAAAGAGACAUUGUCGAAAUAGAAGCAGAAAUUAGAAAGGCAGAGGCUGAACGCAAUGAUGCUAUGACUAAAGCUGCCCAGGAAAAAGACCCGACUAAGAAAGCCCAACUUAUUGCUGUUGCUCAAGCGGCAGAACGAAAAAUUAAACAAGCCAAAACUAGACUUGCCAAAAACCCUCUAUCUAAAUUGACUCAAUAUAGUUAUAUAAGUGACAUGGGAAGGCUUUUUGGCGGUAAUCUUUCCUCCGUGCCACCCACUCAGCCAAAUCCAAAGAGUAAUCCGAGAACAAAUAACUCAAGAAGUGAUGCUGGAAGUGACGAUGAAGAAAAUACUAACUCUCCUUGA